GAGAGAGAGAGAGAGAGAGAGAGAAUGUAUUAAAGGACGGGCUUCAGACGGAGGUUUGGCUGCAGACUGGUCGGGAUUCCUUUCGCCGCCUCGGUCCUUUCAGACACAUCAGGUCACCGAAGACGUUAGGACAGAAGGACGGGAAAGUGCAAAGGACCAAGACACCCGGAGAUCCCAGGCUUGGUGGCUACAUGAUCAGAUCUCUUUGGUUUUGAGAUAAACAACCACACUAAUCAGCAGGAACCAUGGAUUUUGUAAUGAAGCAAGCUUUAGGUGGGGCCACCAAAGACAUGGGUAAGAUGCUGGGUGGGGAGGAGGAGAAGAAGGACCCAGAUGCUGCCAAAAAGGAGGAGGAGCGGCAGGAGGCGCUGAGGCAGCAGGAGGAGGAGAGGAAGGCCAAGCACACCCGCAUGGAAGCAGACAGGGAAAAAGUACGGCAGACCAUCAGGGACAAGUAUGGGCUGAAGAAGAAGGAGGAGAAGGAGGCGGAGGAGAAGGCGGCCAUGGAGCAGGCCUGCGAGGGGUCCCUGACGCGCCCGAAGAAGGCGAUCCCGAGGGGAUGCGGAGACGAAGACGAAGAGGACGAGGAGAGCAUCCUUGACACGGUCCUCAAGUUCCUGCCCGGACCUCUACAGGACAUGUUUAAGAAGUGAAAAAAACAAACCCAACUACUA